UGUGUGUGUAAUUUUAUUUGUUUGUUGUAUGUAUUUGGUGUCUUUCUCUCCAUCUCUUUGUUUCUUUUUUUUUCAAGACACACACACACACAUACUACACACACCAGAUACAAUUUUAAUCACCAAUUAAACUAUUUCUUAAUAAUUAUCAUUGAAAAUAAAUCUAUUAUAAUUGUUAACCAUCUCACUAUCACCAAUCACCAUCAUCAUCAUCACCAUCAACAAACAAACAACAUUUUAAACAUUUACCAUGCCUGCUGGAUUUUUCUACGACUGUGAAUCUACAAUCAACAAUAAUAAUAGUAAUAAUCUUAAUAAUCUUAAUAAUAAUAAUAAUAUUAAUAGUAAUAGUAAUAGUGUUGUUAAUAGUAAUGGAUUGGAGGACCAAAGAGCUCUACAACUUGCAUUUGAAUUAUCCAUGUUGGGAUUAAUCAAUGAGGAUGAUGACAGUAUUUCAACAAGCAACAAUAAUCUCAGCAAUAACAACAGUGUUAAUCAUAAUUUUGAGAUUGAAUCAAGGACAAAGAAAAGUCAAAAUACAACAGAAUGUGUUCCAGUUCCCUCAUCGGAACACGUUGCCGAGAUAGUUGGACGACAAGGCUGUAAAAUUAAGGCCCUGAGAGCAAAGACAAAUACUUACAUAAAGACGCCAGUACGAGGUGAAGAGCCUGUUUUUGUGGUAACCGGUCGAAAAGAGGAUGUUAAUGCAGCUAAGAAAGAAAUCCUUUCCGCCGCGGAACAUUUCAGCCAAAUUCGAGCUCAACGUAAGAGUAAUCUCAAUGGUACCGGACUCGCUGGUCUUGGUCCAAAUCCCAAUUUACCUGGUCAAAUGACGAUUCAGGUUCGUGUACCCUACAGGGUGGUUGGUCUUGUAGUGGGACCAAAAGGGGCAACAAUCAAAAGAAUCCAACAGGAGACCAAUACUUACAUAAUUACUCCAAGCCGGGAUAAAGAGCCCAUAUUUGAGGUUACAGGGUUACCUGAGAAUGUAGAAAAGGCCAGGAAAGAAAUUGAAUCUCACAUUGCCAUCAGAACUGGAGGUAUCAUCGAUUCGACAACGGGUGCAACCUCAUCAACAGCAACUUCAUCUUCAGGAGAUUCUGAAGCAAGUUCACGAGAAUUUCUUAACGACUCACCACUUUUCAACGCUUUCUCCUCAUCCAGCACAACCAAUGGUCUAGGUCUAUCCUCUUCCGAACUUGACUCUGAUCUUUUCUCCGCAUUCUCAUCGACAAACCGUGAAAAGGAUAUUAUCUCUUCGAGCAUCUUAAAAAACGAUGCAAUAUCGUUAAUCGAAUAUUUCUAUUGAUUUUAAAUUGAAUUGAUUAUAUAGCAAUUAUCAAAUUUCAAGCAUAUAUUAUAGAGAAAAUGAAAACAAAAAAACCAGAGAGAAAGAGAGAGUGAGCGAGAGUGAGUGAAAGAUAACAAACAAAUCCCAAAAUUUAAAAAGACGAAGAAUUUAUAUAAUCAUUAUUGGAAAGCGCAAAAAAAUUAUUAUUAAUUAAGAUUACAAAAAAUAAUUAAUUUACACAAACACACAACUAAAAAAAACCAUCACAAAAACAACAAAAAAACCCAACUACAUCUCUAUAUAUAUAUAAAAAAAAGACAAAAACUAAAACAAUACAAAUUCAAUAACAUUCAACACAACAACAACAAAAACUCAAAUUCUAAACCAAAACGAUCAACAUUUUCCUCAUCAAAAACAACCAACAAAAAAAAGAUUUUAACAUUAUCAUCAUCAUCUUUAAAAAUCAUCUCAUCAUCAACAACAACAACAAAAACCACAAUGACAAUAAUAAAAAAAUCUAUAUUAUUUGAAGUUAAUUAAUCCAAAAA